AUGCAACAUCGAAGACCUGAUGCUUCUUCGAACGCUAGAAACCAGCUUCCACCUCUAGCACCUCGAGGCCAGCAGCCUGUUACUGCUACUUCUGCCAAUGCGGAAACAGAAUCUGCUGGUGGGAGUACUUCUUCGACGCGGCCGAGAUUAUCGCACCGCUCGAGGGCCGGCUGUUGGACAUGCAGAAAGCGAAAGGUCAAGUGCGAUGAGACUCAUCCACGAUGUGGUCCUUGUACGCGCCUGAACAAGGAAUGCGAUUGGGAGUUCCGCUGGAAGUUCGACGAUGUCACGCAAAACACACAAAACAAGUACUCCAACGUAUCAACAACUGGCAAUGCUGUCUGGGAUCCACGAGCGCCUCGGACAAGCCUGGGAAGUAGGAGAUCACAAUCACCCUCAUACGACGACCUUCCGUCAUUCUCCGAAUUGACAAACGAUGAGGAUCGAGAAAGGAAAGCCGAAUCUCAGAUGCCUGGUACUUUCAACGUUGUCGUCAACCCUGAAAGCUUUGCUGGCCUUCCGGAGUAUGGAUUGCUCGGCACACCACGACCACGGAAGACUAGUAUUCGCUCCGGUCGUAACAGCUGGGACAGUCACAUGUCCACAGAAGCUUCAAGAAACAGAGCUAGAACUAACCUUUCGAGCGGCGAUCCCAAUGUCGUGGUGUUGGCCAAGUUUGAAGACGCUCCAUUAACACUACCAAGCCUGGCAACCUUCCCUGUGGAUAGAAGGACCAGCCUACCGGAGAACCUCCACUCUCUGAAUCUCACUGGAAGCUCUCGAGGAUCAAGUUUACCGUCUGCGCGGCGGAACGAUUCAGUCACUCAAGGGCUUCGAGACGAGAGACUCAUGGUCCACUAUAGAGGUUUCAUCUCGAAGCGCAUCUUCCCACUUGGCAAAAACCUGCUCGUUGACCGACCGAUGCAGGAGGACCCUAUUGUCGCUGAAGCCAGGGACUUUCCUCCUCUAUACCAUGCCAUAUGCGCAGUCUCACUACUCAGUCUAGCACUCAAGGGUCAACAACAACUCUUGACAGAGGCCUUCCAACACUAUCACCAAGCUAUAUCCUCCAGCUUAUCUUCGCCCUCCGAUCUACAUUCCGACCGCCUCCUGUAUCUACACUUCUUACUGCUGAUCUACGACAUCAGCUAUGCCACCCAAGGGUCAAGCAACCCCCAAGAAGUCUUCAACAUGAACAUGUGGGAGCACCAUAUCCAACAUCUGAUCAGAAUCGCCCAACACCGCAAAGGCCAAUCCAAUGGGAUCUUGCAAGCCUAUCUCCUCUGGUAUGUGCUGUACCUGGACAAACAAGCCUGUCUUUCAGGAAACGGCAACGGAGAUUUCGUCCGCGCCUUCCUCACAAACGACCUGACGAUGCCCGACUGGAACCGCAUAUUCUCCGGUUUCGACAUCACACAACCAACCGGAGUCUACCGCGGCGAAGACACCAGCGCCCAUCGCGAUGUCUUCGAAUUCGCCAACCAAGUCUGCAUCCAAGGUGCAAAACUGUGUCAACUAUCACUCAAGAUGCGCGCUGAGGCAGCGGUGCAAGAUAUACACGGACCCCAAGGAAGUCAGAUCAUGGCCGCACGCAUCCAGCAGGUCGCACAGUACCAAAACGAGCUCUACGCAGCAUGGCACCGCUACUGCCCCUCCUACCUCUUCCAACCGAACGCCGAAUACGCAACCGCCCAACUCCCCCUCAUGGCCCGCAUAUUCCUCGACUUCGCACAACUUCAAUUCUCCACAUGGGUGGUCUACUCAAACAGCUCCCUCUAUCCCUCCCAACCUUUCCACUUGACUCCCACCCAGCGCGCCGAAACCCGUCUACACAGUCUCAAAAUCCUCUCCGUCGCCGAUUCCGCAGUCACACUCCAAAACUAUGAUCAACAUCAAUUGGUCUUCCCCAUCUUCGUCGCUGGGUUCGCAAGCCCUGAUAUGGAGACGAAGAGCAGAGCGAUCGCUCUCAUGAGGGUUAUGGAAGGAACAGGGAUCUCGAGGAAUGCCACUAGGAGUAGGGAACUAUUAGGGGCAGUGUACGAGGAAAUGAGGGUGAGGGAGAUGAGCGGUGGGAGAGCCGAAGAGGUGGAUUGGAUCGAGGUUGCGAGGGCAAAGGGCAUGGGUGUGGUCAACUUUGGGCUUUGA